GUCUAUUUACGCCAUAUUUUCCCCACAUACGACUGACUGCUUCGUGGGACGACGACAUCAUCGUCUCAUCAGCUUGUUUCAACAGCACGAAUGGAGGAUCAAGAAGUUUUAACAACUUUAAAAAUUCUCAUUAUAGGAGAGAGUGGAGUGGGAAAGUCAAGCUUGCUACUUCGAUUCACAGAUGAUACAUUUGAUCCAGAGCAAGCAGCAACAAUUGGAGUGGAUUUCAAAGUGAAAACUCUGACUGUGGAUGGAAACAAGGCCAAACUUGCUAUAUGGGACACUGCUGGUCAAGAAAGGUUCAGAACACUUACACCUAGCUACUACAGAGGGGCUCAGGGUGUAAUUUUGGUGUAUGAUGUUUGUAGUAAACAGUCUUUUGCCAAACUUGAUGCCUGGUUGAAUGAGCUGGAGACAUUUGCAACAAAACAUGACAUGGUCAAGAUGCUGGUUGGGAACAAGAUUGACAAGGAAAAGCGUGAAGUGUCAAAGGAUGAGGGUUUGAAGUUUGCUCGUAAACACCACAUGCUGUUCAUUGAAGCUAGUGCCAAAACCAAAGAGGGUGUACAGUGUGCUUUUGAAGAGCUUGUUGAAAAGAUUCUUCAAACACCUGGGUUAUGGGAAACGUCUGGUAGAGGGAUCCGAGUGGAUGGUCAGGAAAAUGUUAAAUCUUCCAACUGCUACUGCAUAAUUUAAUAAAAGAUCAUCGGUGACAUUGCUGCCUACAAGAAACCACAUGUAUUGUGAUCACCAAAUGAUGGUUUCUGUACAUGUCUUUCAUGCUUCCUCAUUAUUUUCUUAUUCUUUAAGGAUGACAUGUUUCGUAAUCUUAAAUUGGCAGUUUACUUUUAAAGGAACUCAACCAUCCUUUUUAGACACUUCUAGUGUUGUGAGUACAGUAAGAACAUGUGUGCCCAGUUUAGUAUAGCAAUCUUUCAAAGUUUGCAGUGCAAUUCAUGCUGUGAAAUGUAGAUUUUGUGGAUGGAGGAUGAAUGUUAAUUUUUAAAUGUUCUGCUAUCAAGUAUGCAUCUGUGCAAUUUAGCCUUGUAUGGAUAAAACUGUGUAUAAGUGUGUGUGUGAGUAUGAAGAGUCAUUAAAAUCAUUAACAGGAUCUUUUCAGUUUUAAAAUAACUCUGACCAGGAAUGUAGGGUAUGUAUUGUGAUAAGAAUUUAAAAUUAGCUCAUAAGAUCAAUCACUAUUAGUACUUCUUUUUAGCAUGCUUGUUCAUUCAAAUGUAAUGUACAUAUUUAGAAAAAGUAGUUCUUUUAUAGAUGUUUGAAGCAUGCUGCUUAUCUCUUCAGUAUAAAGAGCUGUAGGCUUUAUGUAUGUUUGCAGGUAAUAUCUAUAUUGUGUAUUUAAAUCCCUAAUCUAAUCCCAGAUUCAUGGGCUGCAUCAUGCCAGUCUCAAAUAGUGAAAAAAGAGGCCUCAUCAGCAUGUACAUACUAUUAUGGGCUUUUGGUAAUUUGUCAAAGGAUUUAUAUAUUUUUCUCAUAUUGGUCAGAUAGAAUAGUUUGCCUUAUUUGCAACCAAUUCAUAGGUGAUUUUCCAAAGUAACUUUUGAUGCUCUUUGUCUGCGAUGCUAGUUUAGAUGUGUACAAGAAAGUUGUGAAGUGUACUUGUACCUUGAAAUAGUUGCAAGGUGCUAAAUAGACAAUGGUGCUUAUCAUUGUUAUAAAAAAAAACUGUAAAGAUUGUGUCUCUCUUCACUUGCAGAAUGAUUGAGAAGUGAUUUUGUGUUGGCAUAAAGCUACUUUUUACUUUUGCUUUAUUCAACAGCUACACUAGCUUUCCUUCUGGAAAAAAAGCUACACGAGAUGUUUAAAGCUUCAAGCUAUGUGAAUAAAAACAAAUUGGUGAUACAAGCUUCCUGUUACUACAUACAUUUUUUAAUACCAUUUUGUCAUGCCUUCUUGCCCUAUCACUGUAUAAUAAUUGUCUAUCACAAGUACACAAAUAUUCAUGUUUUCCAACACAUGGAAGAUAUAGUGCAAGUGUUUAGCACAUUGAUUUUGUGAGCUAACAAUUUUGUGUCAGGAAUGUAUACAUGCUAUAAGCCUGUUCACUUGAGGUUGUUUCCAUGAAUACAAUGCUUAUUACAGAUUUCCUGUGCAAUUUAAAAAAAAAAGAGUAAGCUGUGAGCUUAGGCAUGUAAGGCAUUAAAUCACAAUGAACAGCUGUUGAUUCUCAGAAAAGUGCUGUAAAGACAGGAGCCAGACAACCAGAUUGUGAGCAUGGGCUAAUAUGCAUUUUAGGGUCUGCAAGCAAAUCUAGAUGAGGCCAAGAAAUUCCUAAACUUAUACCAUUGUGACUGUAGUCAUGAUCUGGGCACAGUUCAAUAAAAUCCAUGAUUGUUCUUGUAAUAAAUGUGGACUGAUAAAGAUUUUCCUUUAGUAAAUAUUCAGCUAGAGAUCAGAUAGCAUCCACUUAGUUAUGUGAAAAUGGAUUUUAUAUUUUCAGAACUGUUGUAUCUGUUUUAGAUUGCAAAAAUUAGGAAUAUUAUGAUCAUUAUGCACAAAACCAUGGCUUUUCAGGAAAUGAUAAUACAUGCCAUAUGUAUUAGCUUGAAUAAAUUUGGUAGCAUGUAAACUAUAACCAUAGCUCCUUGAAAUAUUGUGACAUAACGAAAGUAGUUUCCUUUCUUAAAAUCACUUUCAUUGAUAUAUUUCACAGCUUAUGAAUAUGGAUAACAUUUAUUUUAUGAACUUGAUAGAAGUGUAUAACAACUUUGGUGAUAAGAUUUGUCUAAGUUUUCAAUACAUAUAAUUUUUUUCUUCCACAGAACAGCAACAAAUGUUUUAGUAAAUGUUACCUUAGGAUCCAGAUGAAUGAAGUGGCUCAUAGUUAUUUCUUAUGAGAGUAUGUGUACUGUGCAGCAUAACUACUGUUAUUUUUUAAUGUGUGAGAUAAAAUGUUCAGGUUUA